GGGGUUCUAAGGAGAGAGGAGAGGUUUCGGUGGAGAAUGACAGAGAGCUUUUCUGUGGAGGGAGAGAGAAUGGGAAGAGGGAGUCGGAGGAUGCUGGUGGGUUUGCUGGUGGCGAUGGCGUUGGGGAUUGCUGUCUAUUUUAGGCUCUGGUCCAUCGAUUACGCUAUCUCCGCUGACGACACUGAAUUGCUAAGGAAGCAGUUCGAUCUUGCUAAUAGAGACGCAAUGGAUGAGUCCGCGGAGUGGAGGAUGCGAUAUAAUGCCGAGGCAGAGAGGGCUUCCAAAUGUGGUAAGCAAUUGAUGGAGAUUAAUGGGUCUCUUGAGAAGAAGGUGGAGGAUGUUACUAGAAUAAAGCAAAAGGUGGUAAUGCUACAAAAGGAAAACUUGGCCUUGGUUGAACAAGUAGAAGCUUUAAAAAAAGAAGUGGAAUCAGCAAAGUCGAAAUGCCGUUCAUGAUAGAGCAUGCUCAUACAGCACCUGGUUGUGAACUGAAUACAGAAUACAGAGUUGUGCAUAAGCUUCAUCAUCACGCGUAAAUGCUUACAGCAAUUUAACUCUUGUAUUGUGAAAAGCUUUAUGAAGCUCAUUUUUGACCAAUGUCCAAGGAGCUUGCACCUUCCAUGGAGUUGCUAAAACCAAGAUAUAGGUCUUUGUGA